AUGAAGCUCUUCACUGUCAUGUUUUCCUACCUCCUCUUUCUUGGCCUCUAUACACCACCAAGCCUGUCAGACAGUCCACCUCUUCAAGAUAUGUGCCCUAUGGCGCCUCAGGAUGAAAGGAAGCUGUUCAUGAACGGCUACCUCUGCAAGCACCCGAGCACCAUUCUGGCUUCCGAUUUCAAGACAUUGCUUCUCAACCAUGCCGGGAAACUAGACAACAUGGUCCGGUCAUCGGCGAACAUCGUCACCGCUGCCGAGUUCCCUGGCCUCAACACCCUUGGCAUGUCGAUGGCACGCACCGACAUCGACUCCUAUGGGAUAGUGCUUCCCCACUCUCACCCAAGGGCGUCGGAGAUGAUGUUUGUCCAUGAUGGCAGCGUGCUGGCCGGUUUCUUUGACACCACCGGUAAGCUGUUUCAGAAGAGAUUAUGUGAGGGGGAUGUUUUCAUCUUUCCCCGUGGUCUUGUUCACUUCAUCAUGAACUAUGGUCUCCGUCUUGCCACGACGUUCUCGGUGCUCAACAGUCAGAACCCUGGUGUGGUUGGAAUCACCCACGCGAUGUUUGCGCCAGAUUCAGAUGUAGCUGAGGGGCUGGUGGCAAGAAUGAUGAAGUUCAGAGAGAUGGAAAUCUCUGACAACAAGACUACUGAUUUUUCAUGGACUUCCUGAUUAGUUAUGUAACUAAUCAAGAUAGUGGAUCUAAUUAUUAUGAAAUUUACCCGCAGAUGAUGAUUUCCACGUUUCAAUCUUGUCAUGUAUUUGGACAGAAUCUCAGUCUAGUAAUGUUCUAUACUCAAUGAUGUAAAUACCAUGUGAUGUAGCUGAUUAAUAUCUGUAGGAAACUAGGAAUUAUAUAAAGAUCAGAAUUGCGACGCAUAGAUUGGGACCAUAGCCUUCUAUCUGUUUACCUUACAGGUUGGUUGUUUAGCCUGAACCCUGUCGUGAUAAUAAUAAUGAUCCUGGACGCUAUGCAUUAUCUCUCCAUGGUGUUGUUUCUAUCUCAUUAGUGUCGCACAUGCACAACCAAGUUUUGGAACCUUAUGUAAGCUGUGACAUGAGAUUUUUGUCAAGCGACAGCAAGCCAGUCUCUUUGGUUCAGCAUCACCAAGGUUGACAUCCUCUGGACUGUAUGUAUCGUAGCCUUGCUUUUCCUUUUGCUUUACUCAGUGGAAUUCUAUACCGUUCUUUUAGUAUUGUUAUCUUUUGCUCCUUGCAGUUGUGGUGGUCCCUUUCUUUUCCCUUCCUUCUUUUGAAAGUGAAGCUUAUUUUUUAUUCUCUCUUCACUGAAAGUUUGAUUCAUAGGUAUAUACCUAUGAUGCCACUUACAGAUUUGUGCAAGGAUUAUCCUACCAAUCAACUAGCUACUCGUGCAUAGGAUUCUGAGCACUCGGCGGCGAGGUGAACAGGUUGAGCUUAGCGAGGUCUGAAGAAUAAUCCAGAGGGAACGAAUGGCUACUCGACUGCGCCCUGAAUUCAGACCAGUGGCAUUGUAAGCAGCACAACUUCUAUCUGACUAGAUUUGCAAAAAUGUUGUGAAAUCUGAUGUCAUAUACCCUGAUAAUAGGGAGCAUUACAUGGUCACAGCAGUAGCAGAGAUAGUUCAGUCAGACUUGACACCCUCUAGGCAUGGUUGGUCUUUCUGUGAGCAGGAGAGAAAUUCAUGUCUGGCUUCUCAUACAAUAUGCUAGCUGUGUUAUGUGACUUGUGUCUCAGUCAAUACAUCUUACCUCAUACUUGUCGCUCAAGCGGAUUUAUCUAGACAAGCGACAAGUAAUUCCGGACGGGGGAGUACAUCUUAAAGGCUGAAAUUUAAAUGUCAUAUACAAUACGCUUUCCUAAGUACAACAGUACUUGUGUAAUAAAAACACACUGAAUUUUUUUCCUGCCACAAUCUAGAUAUAUCUUGUCAGGAUUAUCAGUUCACCUAGGACCUCAUACAUCCCAGGCUAGAGGUGCAACCGAGGAGCUCACAUUCACAGUAAUAGCAAAAUCAACUGGAUUUUUAACAACAAAGUUGUGCUCUAUGUUGGUCUCUGGAUUCUUGGUACCUUCCAAGACUUUGACAACCUCAGACAUUUGAGGCAUUCUUUGCAAUCAAUCUGCGUACACCACAUUGCCAUCUUUAUCAUCUGAAUUACCUCUCGCUCAUGUGUUUGAAUGUCGUUACUAUUCUUUGUCAAUCAAAUCUACCAACUGAUCAGUCUUAACGUUUUCUUCCAACAUGGUAAUAAGAUGCAGGCUCACUUCAGAUCGGGAAGAGUCGAGAUUCUUUCUUCCGCUGAUGAUUUCCAUGACGACAACACCAAAGCUGUAGACAUCAAACUUUCUGUAAUCUGCGACGUCAACCCGUGAAACUGCAUGAUUGCCAGAAACUGUGUGUCAGAACAGUGGAAUAUGUUCUGUACAUGCAAACCCGUCCGUCCAAUGUUGUUCAUUGUGAUAGCUUUCAUUGUAAAAUUUGCCGCUAGACUACUAGCUCUGUUCGUUCCUGAUACACUCUUUGCUGCCACAGGCACAUCUGGAUGGUCACAGCUGCCAGCUGGAUGCUUGGACGCCUUGUUGACUGGCCUAUCAAAAAGUCAGGAAUUUUCUUGAAACCUUUUGACAUCAUAUUGGGUACAAGAUGUAUCUCUCAUGGAAGAUAAUAU